AUGACGGACACAACAAGAGAUGAAGGUAAUGAGACUGAAGACUGCAGGAUUAAUAAAUUAAGAAGGACACGAAAGAAAGUCACUAAACCACAUGUUUCUUCAACUGAAAUAGAAGAAAUGGACCUAUCCAUCUCAGAAGAUCACACCAGGGACAGCACUCAAUUCCCCACCCUAUCUCAACUCUCCUCUAGGAUGAAGCACAUUAAACAAGAGAUGACCACAGAUCACCUCCAGUUUGUACGUUUUGAAGCAACAGACCUGCAUGGUGUGUCCAGGUCUAAGAGCAUCCCGGCUCAUUUUUUUCAAGAAAAAGUGAUCCAUGGAGUUUAUAUGCCCAGAGGUUAUCUUGAAUUGAUGCCAAACCUUAAAGACAAUGAAGUGAAUCACAUAAGAGCAACAUGUUUUAAUAGCGACAUAGUCCUGAUGCCAGAGUUAUCAACCUUUAGAGUUUUGCCAUGGGCCGAGAGAACUGCAAGAGUGAUAUGUGAUACAUUCACUGUGACCGGAGAUCCUCUGUUGACUUCUCCAAGGUACAUUGCAAAGAGGCAGCUGAGCCAUUUGCAGGGCUCUGGCUUUUCCCUGUGCUCUGCCUUCAUCUAUGAUUUCUGCAUUUUUGGUGUGCCGGAAAUUAUCAACUCGAAGACCAUAUCUUUUCCUGUUUCGCCGUUACUCAAUAAUCAUGAGCAACCCUUUAUGCACGAACUCAUUGAUGGCUUGUAUCAAAUUGGAGCCAAUGUUGAGAGCUUUUCCUCCUACUCCAGGCCUGGUCACAUGGAAAUCUGUUUUCUGCCAGAAUUUGGCAUCAGUGCAGCUGAUAAUGCAUUUACCCUAAGAACAGGUGUCAAAGAAUUGGGAAGGAAAUAUAAUUACAUCACCAGUUUUUUCAUUGAGACUGGAUUCUGCAAUUCGGGAAUUUUGUCUCAUAGUCUUUGGGAUGUCAGUGAGAAGCAAAACGUAUUCUGCAGCAGUUCUGGAGUUGAAGAGCUUACAAUGACUGGGAAAAAAUGGUUGGCCGGACUCUUGAAGCACUCUGCGGCUCUCAGCUGCCUGAUGGCACCUGCAGUUAGCUGCCGAAAGCGUUAUUCCAAGGACAGAAGAGACCUGAGGGAGAGUGUGCCUACAACAUGGGGAUACAAUGAUAACAGCUGUGCUUUCAAUAUCAAGUGUCACGGUGAGAAAGGCACCCGGAUUGAAAAUAAACUAGGCUCAGCGACAGCAAACCCUUACCUGGUGCUGGCUGCUACUAUUGCUGCAGGCUUGGACGGACUUCAAAGCAGCGAUGGUGUCUUGGCUGAGCCCGAUGACAGCACGGACUUCUACCAGUUUAAACCUUCUGAGAUUCCUUUGAAACUGGCAGAUGCCCUUGUGGCGCUAGAGGAAGAUCAAUGUCUGAGACAGGCUCUAGGAGAAACUUUUAUUCGAUAUUUUGUUGCUAUGAAGAAAUAUGAGUUGGAAAACGAAGAAACUUACGCUGAGAGAAAUAAAUUCUUAGAGUACUUUAUUUAGAAUAAAUCUCUUAACUGUUCCUUCAGAGGUGUGAUUAUUACUCGAGUAGCUGAUCUUCCAGAAAGAAAAGACUGAACUAAAAAAAAGAAAGAAAAAAAAAAAAAACCCCUACAAAUAUUGUCACUUUUUUUAAUCCCCAUGGAAUAUUUGAUAGAAACAAACAAUAAAGUUGUGAUG